CCUUUUUGUGGCUGUGACAAAAAAUAUUUGCAGAAAUUAUUUGAAUUUUUCGUACGAAAAAGACUCAAAGUCUUUGAAUUUGUGAUAAAAAUGACUUUAAAAGAGAGAUUUUUCUUCAUUUUUUUAAUUUACUUUUUGAUAUCCGGCAUGACAAACGGGACUUUUCUCAAAGCUGUGCCUGCAAAAACGUUAAUUGAUCCGAGAAAUUUAUCCGCUGGAAGUGAUGAUGUGCUCGAAAGUAUUCAUCUUUUGAACGAUGGAGGCGGAAAAUCUGAAGAUUUGGAGAAAAUGGAAGAUGAUUAUGAUGCAAUUGAAGAAAUUAAAUUUUUGGAUGAUGGCGAAACGACACAAAUUUCAACUUUGGAGACUUCAGAAGUAACGAGUGAAAGUUCUGUUGGGACUUCUGACGGAAUUUCAUCUUCAACGAGUUCAUCGACAACAAUUGUUUCGACAAAAAGUGACGAAAUUUCAUCAACUACAGUUGCUUCAUCUUCAACAACGACUCCUUUUCCAAAGAUUUGCGAUUAUGAACUAACUUCGGAUACGGAAUUAAAAUUUCCGAAUGAUGAAUUGACUUUUGAUAAGAAUCAUAAUGUUUCUUGGUGUUUUCAUUUACCUGAUGGUCCUUUCGUUGAUAUUCACGUAGAAACACUCGAUCUCGAUCCAAAAACGGAUUAUCUCAUCAUUUCUGCGGGAAACGGCGACGACGACGACGACGAUGAAAAGGGAAAAUUCAUUACGGGAUCUCAUCAAAACGUCUCUUUUCGCAUAAUUCACACGAAUCGCGCUCUCAUCUCGUUACGUUACGAAGCAAAAUCCAAACCGAAAAAUUGGGGCUUCAAACUUUUCGUUUCUUCUGUCGGGCAACAUCCGUCGUCAACGACGCCCGAACCCACAACUGUUCCUUCGUUCACGGGCGACCUUCAGACAAUCACGAAAAGUCUCUCGAUCGCUCACGAACUUCAAAAUCACACCGAUUUGUGGGAUGUCACGUUGCGAAAUGCCCUCGUUGAUGCCACGAAUCUUUGGCGAGACGAACACAACUUUACGGAAUUCCUUCAAAAGUGUCGUCGCGAAAAUGUCGUCAUCAAAAAAGUUUCUCCUUGUCCCAAAAGUUGGCCUGAUAAUUUGAAUUGUGUGAGAUUGGAGUUUGGAAUUCCCUUGAAUGAGACAGAUUUUAAUGGAGAAUUGCCCGAACAGCUCAGUUCUGUGUAUGAGUUGACCGAGGAGCAUCUCGAGGAAAUUUGGCGCGAAUUUGGCAUCCAAAAGUUGCACGAAAUUGGAAUGACGGAGUACUUUUUGCCAAAUUUUACGGCAGUUUUAGCUACAUGGACCGGAGUUAGUGUUGGCGUGAUUGUCUUUUUUUGCAUAGUUUUGUUUGUGAUUUGGAAAAAUGAUUUGUUCAAAGGAUAUCGACGCAUGAACGAAGAAACUGAGGAAAAACCGCGCGAUGAAACGAAACAAAAUGACAUUACGAUGAUUCCAACGCCCUUUUUGUAUGGCGAAGAUGAGUUUCCUGAAGGCUUUGGAGAUGAAUUUGAACGCGACAGUUCAAUCCACGAACCAGAUACGACAAUUUUCGACGUGCGAACCCCUCCGCCUUCUAAAAAUACCGUCAGAUUCGCCAAAAACGAUCAAAACAUCGAAGAUUUGAGACACGGAGCAUACACAAACCCAUUUGCGCUUGAAAUUGAAGCCUCUGAAUACGGAUAUCGGGACUCUGAAUGUUGAAAAUGCCUAAAAAAUUAGAAAAAAAUGUAAAUAGUUUGUAUUAAAAAUCAAAAUUAACAAA